CUAAUUGAUCUCUCCGAAACUCUGGCCUAGGACGCUCGCUUUCCGGGCUUCUAUGUCUCAUCCGCUAGCCCAAGGCCUCAGCAACCUACGUGCGAGGCCAGGAGAGGCGACCAAGGCCGCUCCACGCAUGCGUUAGAAGCCGCCCCAACUGCCCCCAAGGAGUCCUUUCUCCGAACAAAACUAGCGCGGAGCUACAGGGCUCCGCAACUUGCGUAGAUAUAAUUUCUUCCAGUUCCGCCUGCCGGUGUAGCUCCCCCGGUGCCGCGGCUCUCCUACGCCAGGCGCGUCCGCGAAGUGGAUGGCUGGACGCUGCGAGUGCGCCGCCGGCGUAGCGCUGAUCAGGCCGAGGUGCGACUGCGCAGGGCACCCGAGAGGGCUGGGUGCGCCGCUGGCGUAGAGCUGAGGCAGCCAGGGUGCGGCUGCGCAGGGCGCCAGAACAGACUGAGUGCGCCGCCGGCGUAGAGCGCCGGCUCGCGCACUAGGCUCCGCGACGCAGAUAGCGCAGGCGGCUUUGGAGAAUACACGACUGGGUGCAGCCGGGGUUUGGUACCGAGCGGAGAGGAGAUGCACACGGCACUCGAGUGUGAGGAAAAGUAGAGAUGAAGGUGCAUAUACACACAAAAUUCUGUCUCAUCUGUUUGCUGACGUUUAUUUUCCAUCAUUGCAACCACUGCCAUGAAGACCAUGACCAUGGCCCCGAGGAGCUUCACAGGCACCACCGUGGAAUGACAGAGUCAGAGUCAAGCACAUUUUCAGUGCAGGAUGCUGAAAAUGAAAAAAAGUACUAUAUUGAAAAACUGUUUGACCGUUACGGUGAAAAUGGAAGAUUAUCCUUUUUCGGUCUGGAGAAACUUUUAACAAACUUGGGCCUUGGAGAGAUCAAAGUCGUUGAGAUUAAUCAUGAGGACCUUGGCCAUGAUCAUGUUUCUCACUUAGACAUUCUGGCCGUUCAAGAGGGAAAGCAUUUCCACUCCCAUAACCACCAGCAUUUUCACAAUCAUUUAAAUGCAGAAAACCACACUGCGACCAGUAUAACAUCAAAAAGAAACCACAAGUGUGAUCCAGAGAGAGAGGCAGCUGAAGUGCCCAUCAAACCCGAGGAUAAACACCCGCACGACCGCAAUCACCGCUUCCAUCAUCGCCAUCGUUUGCAUCAUCACCUGGACCAUAACACCACUCGGCGGGUUCACAAUGACUCCAUCGCUCACAGCGAGCAUGGGGAGCCGGGUCACGGCCCUUCAACAGAGACCAAUAAAACACAAGAACAAUCUGAAGUGAAGUCAGGGAAGGUCAGGAGGAAGGAAAAAGGGAAGAGGAAAAAGGAAAACUCUGAGGUUAACACACCAGGUUUCCUCCCCACCCAUGGUCACGGUGAACAAUAUGAGCAUAAUCGGGUUCACAAACUUGACCGUGUACAUAGCCCGGGCCAUCCUCAUGCACAUCUUCCCGAGCACAGUGGCCAUGAGCUUGGCCAUGGACACCAAGAAUUUGAUCCUGAUAAUGAAGGUGAACUUCGACAUACUCGAAAGCGAGAAGCACCACAUGUUAAAAAAAGUGCAAUUUAUUCCACUCCUAGCCACAAAGACCACAAUGAAGAUGACCGCCAACAUGAAUGUUUGAACGUCACUCAGUUGUUAAAGCACUUUGGCCUGGGUCCCAGCUCCCCCAUCUCGCCUGAUCUAUUCACAUACCUUUGCCCGGCCUUGCUGUACCAGAUCGACAGCAGACUUUGUAUUGAACAUUUUGACAAACUUUUAGUUGAAGAUUUAAAUAAGGAUAAAGCUCUGGUUCCUGAAGAUAAGGCAAACAUAGGGGCAUCAGCGUGGAUCUGUGGCAUCAUCUCCAUCACCGUUAUUAGUCUGCUCUCCUUGCUGGGUGUGAUUUUGGUUCCCAUCAUCAACCAAGGAUGCUUCAAAUUCCUUCUCACGUUCCUCGUUGCGCUAGCUGUAGGAACAAUGAGUGGAGACGCCCUUCUGCAUCUACUGCCCCAUUCUCAGGGCGGACAUGACCACAGUCAUCAGCAUGCUCACGGGCAUGGUCAUUCACAUGGACAUGAAUCUAAGAAGUUUCUGGAAGAAUAUGAUGCUGUGUUGAAAGGACUUGUUGCACUAGGAGGCAUUUACUUACUGUUCAUCAUCGAGCACUGCAUCCGGAUGUUUAAGCACUACAAGCAGCAACGAGGAAAGCAGAAAUGGUUUAUGAAGCAGAGUACAGAAGAAUCAACUAUUGGAAGAAAGCUUUCAGAUCAUAAGUUAAACAGCACACCGGAUGCUGACUGGCUGCAACUCAAGCCCCUUGCUGGAACAGAUGACUCGGUGGUUUCUGAAGACCGACUUAAUGAGACCGAACUGACUGAUUUAGAAGCCCAACAAGAAUCCCCUCCUAAAAAUUACCUUGGUGUAGAGGAAGAGAAAAUCAUGGACCAUUCUCACAGUGAUGGAUUGCACACCAUUCAUGAGCACGAGGUCCAUGUAGUCUCUCAUAACCACCGCGAUGAGGAGGAUACAGCUGUGCUGAGGAAGCAUGGCCACCAGUGGCACCACCGACACGCCCACCAUUCCCACGGGCCCUGCCACUCUGGCUCAGACCUGAAGGAAACAGGAAUAGCCAACAUAGCCUGGAUGGUGAUCAUGGGGGACGGCAUCCACAACUUCAGUGAUGGCCUCGCCAUUGGGGCAGCUUUCAGUGCCGGGCUGACUGGAGGCAUCAGCACUUCCAUAGCCGUCUUCUGCCAUGAACUGCCACACGAGUUAGGUGAUUUUGCAGUUCUUCUGAAAGCAGGCAUGACCGUAAAGCAAGCCAUUGUGUACAACCUGCUGUCUGCCAUGAUGGCUUACAUAGGAAUGCUCAUAGGCACGGCUGUCGGUCAGUACGCCAACAACAUCACACUCUGGAUCUUCGCGAUCACGGCAGGCAUGUUCCUCUACGUGGCCUUGGUGGAUAUGCUUCCAGAGAUGCUGCAUGGAGAUGGCGACCACGAGGAGCACGGCUUCUGUCCAGUUGGGCAGUUCAUUCUUCAGAAUCUAGGACUGCUGUUUGGAUUCGCCCUCAUGCUGGUUAUCGCCCUCUACGAAGACAGAAUCGUGUUUGACAUCCAGUUCUGACCAUCCCGGUCUCUGCCGAUUCCGAGAAUGUCCGUGCAGCUUGCCUCUGCCCCUUGUACUGUAUGCACAUCGCUCAGAGAAUCCAGUGGCCUGCACUGUCCACAGGUUCUGUAGGUUUGAGCCUAACCACAAAAGACUGGUGCUCAGGACUGUUUUCUCUGCAUGGAUGGGUCUUUUAAAAGUUUGUGAUAAAGUCAGAACAUGGGACUCCAUGUACCAAUAUUGAUAGAAGUUUAAGACUUUAAAAAAAGAGAGAAUCAUAUAAAACACUAGUCUUUUUAUUAGUAGAAACUUCUGUGGCUAUGCAGAAAUAGAAAUUAAACCAAAAAAAAUCAUUUAAACUUUAAAAAUAUUUUAAAUGGACUUUGAGCAGACAUUUUUGUGUGCGUGCUAAGAAUGAAUUUUAGUGCCCUCUAAUUCAGCUACAUAUAUACAUGUGGGACUAAUAGGGAUCAACUUGACACAACUUGGAAACUGAAUAAAGUUGACUUUAGGAACUAGAGGGAAGCCCAGGCUGCACUAGAGUAUGGAUUUAGCAUUGGGGAAAGCCCUUAUUCUUGAAUCUAGAGUUACUAUUUUUGUAUAUAUUUGCAUAGUGUUCAAACUUGCGGCCUAAACUACUGAAAUUUGUGAUUGUAUGUGUGAACUUCAGUUUAAUCGAAGAGUCAUAAUGGUUCUUUGCAUACUAUAUUUGGUGUUGGGUUUUCUUUUUAACUUUGUUUUUAUGGGGGGUGUGAGUCAGAGCAUGGAGUCAGUACCUUUUUCUUAACAUUACUGCUCUCGGAAAUAUCAAAGAAGUGGCAUUCCAUUUCCCUAGGACUAACUAGGUUAAUUGGAAAUUUUUAAGUUCUGGGUGUUCAAGUUACUUUACCAGUUUGGCAUUGGAACUCAGAGCACAUGCUGUGGCUGGUAGUAAAAUCCAAGCUCGCCAUGCCUGUAGUCUGUAUAUAAAACGUCGGCUAAAUGGUAACUACACCGGUACCAUAGCUGCUUUGGUACCGAGUAUAUGACUAAGCCAAAAUCACUUUUAUCAUUUUGUGCCAAGAUACACUGUCGGUGCCUGAUCCGGAAUGGUCUGUGUUUGGGUGCCUGCUCUUACGCCACUGGUGCAGUGACGUGUAAGACGUCUAAGUCCUGUUCCGUAUGAAGCGUGACUCGGCGUGUAGACUAGUCAUGUGCAUAGCUCUGUUUACAUCCCGCACCACCCACUCUUCCCUCACGCAGGCAAACGUCGGAACCGUGUGCAGCUAGCUCUAUUUUAACUGCUUGGCAGCUGGGACACUCCUUGGGAAAAAUACAUAAGAGCCAAAACUUGUCCAUUCCAUUUUAAAUAUUUGUAUUCAGUCCCUUCUCCAGUUCUCUUCCUCUUACUCUGAUUUUUUUUUUCAGACAAAAACAAAAAAUUAAGAGUAGCGCAUGCAUGCAGGUGUUGGAGGCUAAUCUCCAGUUCUGUUGUGUUCUAAGCGAGGGCUGUUCGUUCUUACAGCAGUUGCCUCUUUCCUCUGUUGUGUUCUAAGCGAGGGCUGUUCGUUCUUACAGCAGUCGCCUCUCCCCAGCCCUCCUUGCACUAAGUACUUUGGUACGCAGGCUUUCAGCACUGGGCAAGCCUACAGCAGUCCUUACUUCCCCUCAUUGUUGGCCGUUUGAGCAGCCUCACUGAAAGGUGCUGGUGCACUCCGUGCUGUCGACUUCAAGUGACUUGGAAAUUUUGCUUUCAAAACCAAGAUACGCUUAUGCUUCACUUUUGAGUUUUAUUCCCAAGGAGGAUUGUACAUUCCAGCAUUAAAUCUGCUUCAUUUAAAAUAACAGCGGGAACAUACUCCCACUCUAAAAUGCCUCACUUAAAAAGCUGGUCGGUUAUGCUUACAGUAUACAAAGUUUUAUAUUCUCAGACGGUAUUAUCUUUACGUGCUAGAUUUUCUUAGUCGUUUCGGAGGGCUUUAACAGUGGCUGCUAAUAUUUUGAUAGUGUUCCACCAGUGUUUAGUUUUUACAUCAUUCUCGUGUAUAGUUUCAGGUCUCACUAGACAAUCCCAAUUCCACUACAUUUCUUUUUGGCUCCAACAUUCCACUUAGCUUGACUAGUCUAAUUUUAACAUAUGCCUGUUGGAGGUCACCAAUGUUACUUGUACAAUGCUGUCACCAUGUGACAUCCAUAUGGAUUUUGGUGUAUAUCACAUUGCAUUCAAUCAGCUGUGAUUAUGCUUAGAAAUACUAUAGUAACUAGAUGCAGUGUGAACCUUUUCCAUUAACAGUAAGUCAGUGGCUUAAAUGUGAUUAUGGUCCUGCAAGGUGAUACUUGCUAAAAUAUCUAGACAUUUUUUGUUGUUGUAACUGAAUCAUUUUUUUUUAAAUUUAUAAAGCUGGAAGUGAUCAAAUGCUGUUUUUUUUUCAUUGUCAACAGUGGUGUGUCAUUUUAUAUAUGUUCCUAAUGCUUACGGAACUCUCCCGAAAUAAAGUUAUUCAGAAAGAAA